AUGCAUUCAAUUGGAUUUUUGCAUCGCGAUAUUAAACCAUCGAAUUUCGGUAUUGGGCGUCGGGAAACAAACGAUUAUCAUAUAGUUUAUGUAUUUGAUUUUGGCCUUGCACGACAAUUUGCAACUCGUAAUAAGGAUUGCCGAUUACCGCGGAAAAUAGCUUCCUUCCGAGGUACACCACGGUACGCUUCGCUAAAUAGCCACAAAAAGAAAGAACAAUCACCAAAGGACGAUAUUGAAUCUUGGUUUUACAUGAUCGUUGAAUGGACUGUUGGUUUUCUACCGUGGAAGCAUCUCAAGGUUAUUUUUAAGCAUUUGAAAUAA